AUGUGCGGCCCGCCCGCCGCCCUACUUGCGGCCCUACCACCGCCCUACCUGCGGCCCGCCCGCCGCCCUACCUACGGCCCGCCCGCCGCCCUACGUGCGGCCCACCCGCCGCCCUACCUGCGGCCCUACCGCCGCCCUACCUGCGGCCCGCCCGCCGCCCUACCUGCGGCCCCACCCGCCACCCUACUUGCGGCUUACCAGCUGCCCUACCUGCGGCUCACCCGCCGCCCUACUUGCGGCCCACCCGCCGCCCUAUCUUCGACUACCGCGCUGCCCUGCACCAGAACCGCCGGGAGCCGAGCCGCCCUGCCGCCGAGCCGCCCGGGAGCCGAGCCGCCCUGCCGCCGACCCGCCCUGCCGCCGAGCCGCUCAGCAGCCAAGCCGCCGAGCCACCCAGCAGCGGAGCCGCCCUGCUGCCGAGCCGCCGAGCAGCCGAGCCGCCCUACUGCAGAGCCGCCCGACCUGCCCUGUCCGGGUCGAGCCAUUGACUUUGAGGUCUGGGUCGACGACCUGCAGCUGUUUUUACAGUGCGAUAGGGCGGACGGUCUUUCUCUCUUUGACCUCACCUCUGGCGCCUCUCCUGCCCCUGCUGCUGAUGCUGACCCCACUGUUCGCUCUCAGUGGGCCACCCGCGAUGCUGCUGCACGUCUUGCUGUGCGUCGCCACCUGCCUACCACUGAGCGCACGCACUUUAGGCAGUACAAGAGUGCUCAGACCUUGUACGACGCUGUAGUUGCGCGCUACUCUUCCCCUGCCACUGCUGCACUGAGCCGCCUCAUGCUACUGGACCACUUCCUCUCAGUCUGUCCCACCACUCUCACUGUUGACCUCCUCGAGAAGGCCCUCCUGGCGGCGGAGAAGAGCAUCGUCGCUGUAGGAGCCUCUCGUGGUGACCCUCGCACCCCCAUCUUUGAGGGGUGUUCUCCUUCCCCCCUGCUGCCCUCUGUUGCCUCUGCUGCUGCUGCCGACCUGCUUGGUCUUGAGUCGGUCGGCGCGGCGUCUGCCCCUAACGGGAGACGUCGACCUGGCAAGGGCAAGGGGGGCAAGGGCGCGGGUGGAGCUGGCGGGGGCGGUGGCGGUGGCGGUGGAGGCGGCGGAGGGAGUGGGGGUGGCGGUGGGAGUGGUGGCGGGGGUGGUGGUGGUGGCGGCGGCAGCGGAGGCGGAGGCGGUGGCGGCGGCAGCGGUGGGAGCGGAGGCGGCGGUGGUGGCGGAGGUGGAGGCGGCGGUGGCGGAGGGGGUGGAGCUGGUCGGGGUGGUGCCCUGCAGCGGAGCGGCUCUGGUGGAGGUCAGUGCCAGCAGCAGCAGCAGCAGCAGCAGCAACGUUCUCGGGACAUCCCCCCGCCUCAGCAGCUGCGUGAGUGGUAG